AUCCUGAUCAGAAAAUUUCCCUGCCCUCUUUUCCUCCACUACAUUCAUUUCCGCGCCCUCCCUCCAUGGCGUUAACAGUCAGCGGCCUUCUACAGGCCAUCAACCACGACUACACGAUGUGGAUCGUUGGGGCUAUUGUCAUUGUCUUUGGUCUCUACUGGUGGUCGACAUUGACCGACAUCCCCAAGAUCAAAGGCAUUCCCGAGAUCCCCGGAGCGUUGCCGGUGUUCGGUCAUCUCUUGCAACUCGGACCCGACCACGCCACAGUGUGUGAAGGAUGGUGGCGGAAGUACCGCCAAUCGGUGUUCCAGAUCCGCCUGGGAAACACCCGGGCCGUCGUGGUCAACUCGUUCGAAGACGCGAAGCAAAUGCUCGUCGGGCACCAGACGGCCGUCAUCGACCGUCCGACUCUGUACACCUUCCACGGAGUCAUUUCUUCCACGCAGGGUUUCACCAUCGGCUCCAGCCCGUGGGACGACUCGUGCAAGAACAAACGCAAGGCUGCGGGUCAAGCACUCGGCCGCCCGGCGAUGCGAGGGUACUUUGACAUGUUCGACCUGGAGUCGUACUGCAUCGUGCGUGACCUCUUCCGCGACAGCAAGAAUGGGGCCACACAGAUCGGCGUGAGGCCAUACAUCCAACGGUACGCUCUCAACACGACCCUGACCCUCUGCUACGGCAUCCGCAUGGACAACGUGUACGACGACAUGUUGAGGGAGAUCCUGCACGUCGGUUCCGCCAUCUCACUGCUGAGGUCCGCCUCCGAGAAUUUCCAAGACUACGUCCCCGUCCUCCGCUACUUCCCCAACAACGAGAAGAACAAAAGGUCCAAGGAGCUCCGCGAUCGUCGCGACGCCUACCUCAACUUCCUCCUCAACAAGGUGCGGGACAUGAUCAAGAAGGGAACCGACAAACCUUGCAUCAGCGCCGCCAUCCUCAAGGACGAGGAGACCAAACUCACCGGAGUAGAGGUCUCGAGUAUUUGCCUGUCGUUGGUGUCGGGGGGGUUCGAGACCAUCCCCGGGACACUGACCUCCUGCAUCGGUUCCUUGUCCACAAAAGAAGGUCAAGUGUUCCAGGACCGAGCGUACGCGGACAUCAUGAGGCACUACGACGGCGACGCCAAACGAGUGUGGGCCAACAGUUUCCAAGAAGAAAAAGUCCCGUACGUCAACGCCAUCAUCAAGGAAGCCGCUCGGUACUACACCGUCAGCGCCAUGAGUUUACCUCGCAAGACGGUCACCGAGGUCGAUUGGAACGGGGCCAAGAUCCCUGCAAAGACCAUGAUUUUGAUCAACGCCCAGGCAGCCAACCACGACGUCGACCAUUUCGGCCCCGACGGUGGUGUCUUCAACCCUGAGAGAUGGCUGAACGACGAAUUCGUCAUGAAACCAGACCGAAACACACCGGAAGAAAAACCGGCCCAGGGUAUUCAACAUUUCAGUUUCGGUGCAGGCUCCAGAGCUUGCAGCGGCCAAUUCAUCGCCAGCAGGUUACUCUACACCGCCCUGAUCCGACUGUUGACCUGUUACAAGAUCGUUGCCAGUGACGAUGAACCCCCCAACACAGAUUACGUCGACUACAACCAGUUCAAGAGCGCCUUGGUGGCCAUCCCCCGUGACUUCAAGGUCAAGUUGAUCCCGAGGCACGACGAGUCCGUCAUCAAGGAGGUCAUGGCCGAUGCCGCCGAGAGGACCAAAAAUUAUUAUGCAGAGGAGUGAAGAAAGAAAAAGGCAAAACACUGCAGGUAACAAUACGGGAGUAGUAAUCCACACAUUUAGAUUUGACAGAGAAUUAUGGCGUCAAAGUUGAGGUCGAGAACAUUGGGUCCGUAAUGAUGAUGAUGAUGAUGAUGACAUCGUGCU